AGUCAAGUCAUUUCCUUCGUACCUUCCUUAUUUGGGAGAUCGGGAUGCUGUUUAUUUUAUGAUCGUAAGGAACCGAACUGCAUGAUACCCGCGAAAUGUGCGUCAUUUCGUUUAUAUAUCCGAAGGGAGAUGAGAUUAUCCGAAUAGUUUCUAGUUCUUAUUUCAUCUUCUUGCACAAGCAUAAACUAUGUACCGACCUUGUACAGCUAUCACAACACUUCGUGUUUCCAACAUGAUGCUAGGAACAACAUCAGCAAAAUCAGCCCUUGCUAUCUCUAGUCGAUGCUGUUCAACAGGCAUCUCAAAAAUUGAACAACUCUUGCCACAAACGGAUCACUUUCCGUCACGGCAUAUCGGGUUAAGUUGUGAGACUGAACAAGAAAUGACAAACUUUUUAGGUCUAAAGAACAUCGAUGAGUUGGUGGAUAAAACAGUACCUAUUGAUAUACGCUUUCAAGGAGAGAUGGAUAUUCAAGGCAGCAAAGGCGAGCAUGAUCUUCAUAACAAGCUGGCACACUUAGCAAGUAAGAAUCAAAUAUGGAGAUCUUACAUUGGACUUGGUUAUUACAACUGUUUUGUACCACCACCGAUACUACGAGGUUGCUUGGAAAAUCCUGGAUGGUACACUCAAUAUACACCUUACCAACCAGAAAUAUCUCAAGGUCGUUUAGAAUGCUUGCUUAAUUUUCAAACAAUGGUUUGUGAACUGACUGGUUUGGAUGUUGCUAAUGCGUCAUUGUUGGAUGAAGCUACCGCAGGAGCUGAAGCUGUUGGAAUUUGUUAUAGGUUUAAUAAGAAGGAAAAGUUCUAUGUCGACAAAAACCUUCACCCGCAAACCAUCGCAUUGAUCCAAACGAGAGGAAGAACUUUGGGACCGCUGGGCCAAGGCUUGGAAAUAAUUGUGACUGAUAAAGAAAACUUUGAUCUGUCAAAAAAGGAUGUUAGCGGAAUUAUUAUUCAGUAUCCAGACACUUAUGGCAGUAUAUUCGAUUACACAGAACUCACUGAAAGAGCUCAUCAUGCACAGGCGUUAGUUGCUUGUGCAACAGAUCUCCUUGCUCUUACCAUGCUCCGAUCUCCGGGAGAAUUUGGUGCUGAUAUUGCAUUUGGAAACAGUCAAAGAUUUGGGGUGCCAUUAGGUUAUGGUGGCCCACAUGCUGGAUUUUUUGCAACGCGAAAUAUUGGAACACUGCCACGAUCUUUACCUGGACGACUUAUUGGUGUUACAAAGGAUGCCAUGGGAGAAAAAUGCUACAGACUUGCUCUUCAAACCAGGGAACAGCACAUACGAAAGGAUAAGGCUACAAGUAAUAUUUGUACUGCACAGGCAUUGCUUGCUAAUCUCGCUUCAUUGUUCAGUAUUUAUCAUGGACCUGAAGGCCUGAAGAACAUCGCGACUAGAGUUCACAAUGCUACUCUCAUUUUAGCCGAAGGAAUAACACGUGCUGGUCACGAAAUUCAGAAAGAGCAUUUCUUUGACACACUGAAGGUGAAAUGUGCUGAUAGUUCUGCAGAUGAAAUAAUGAAGAAAGCCGCUGCACAUAAAAUAAAUCUUCGAAAGCUGGAUAAUGAUCACGUUUGUGUCUCAAUGGAUGAAACUGUUGUUGAAAAAGAUUUGGAUGAUCUACUGUCAAUAUUUGGUUCUAAAGAAACUUCGGAUAGUCUCGCAAACAGCCAAUUCGGUGAAACAUUGGGAAGCAGCAUUUUAUUGAGCGAUCAUAAACGUCGUAGUACCUACCUCGAACAUCCUGUAUUUAACACUCAUCACUCUGAGACCCAAAUCAUGCGAUAUAUGAAACAUCUGGAGAAUAAGGAUUUAUCUUUAGUUCAUUCUAUGAUUCCUCUUGGUUCGUGUACAAUGAAAUUAAACGCAGCGUCUGAAUUACAGCCAAUAACCUGGCCAGAAUUCGCAAACAUUCAUCCUUUUGCCCCAACUGAACAAGCACAAGGAUAUACUGAAUUGAUUAAAGAUUUGGAACACGAUUUAUGUGAAAUAACUGGAUUCGAUGCCAUCAGCUUCCAGCCAAACAGCGGUGCUCAGGGAGAGUAUGCUGGAUUAAUGGCAAUCAAAGCUUACCACGAGAGCAGAGGAGAGGGCAAUAGAAAGGUGUGUCUUGUUCCAAAAUCAGCUCAUGGAACUAAUCCAGCGAGCGCUCAAAUGGCUGGCUUUAAAAUAGUUUUUAUUGAGAUUGGAAAAUAUGGCGAAAUCAAGAUGGAACAUUUAAAGAAAGAGGUUGAAAUACACAAAGAUAAUCUUGGUGCUAUCAUGGUAACAUAUCCAUCCACCAACGGAUUUUUUGAUGAAGGCAUUAGAGAUGUUUUGGCCUUGAUUCAUGAAAAUGGAGGACAAGUUUAUCUUGAUGGGGCAAAUAUGAACGCUCAGGUGGGUCUUUGUCGUCCAGGAGAUUACGGAGCUGAUGUUUCACACUUGAAUUUACACAAAACGUUCUCCAUCCCACAUGGUGGAGGAGGGCCUGGGAUGGGGCCAAUUGGAGUAAAGAAACACCUUAUUCCAUUCCUUCCUUCCCAUCCUGUUAUUCCUCCGAUGGGAACGAAUGAGGAGACAUCGUUUGGAACUAUUUCUGCAGCACCCUAUGGCUCACCUGGUAUUCUGCCAAUCUCUUAUGCUUACAUUAAAAUGAUGGGAGCUAAAGGACUUACACACGCAUCUAAAGUCGCCAUUCUAAAUGCUAACUAUAUGGCCGCAAGACUCAAAGAUCACUAUUCAAUUCGAUUUGUUGGAAAGAAUGGUUAUUGUGCUCAUGAAUUCAUCCUUGACGUAAAAACAUUCAAGAAAACUGCAGAUAUCGAAGCUAUUGAUAUUGCAAAACGACUCAUGGAUUACGGUUUCCAUGCGCCCACAAUGUCAUGGCCAGUGCCAAGCAGCCUUAUGGUCGAACCGACAGAGUGCGAGGACAAGGCAGAGUUGGAUCGAUUCUGUGACUCGUUAAUUCGCAUAAGACAUGAGAUUGCCGAUAUUGAGCAAGGACGAAUGGAUGCGAAGGACAAUCCUUUGAAGAAUGCACCUCACAAUCAAUUGGUUUUAAGCGAAAAUUGGAACAAACCCUAUACAAGAAAACAAGCAGCAUAUCCAGCUCCCUGGAUCAACCACACAAAUAAAUUCUGGCCUACGGUAUCCAGAGUUGACGACAAAUACGGAGACCAGCAUUUGGUGUGUACUUGCCCUCCAAUUGAAAGCUAUACCGAAUAAGAACGCUAUUGGGAAUUUGUGGUAGAUUUAGGCCCUGUUUACCUUACAGUCAAUUUAUUGACACGCAUGGCACGUCUAGAAUCGGUACCCGUACCCAAUUUUAUUUGAUUAGUGCUCAGGCUACGAAUACAAAGGCAGGGCACGGAUGAAAUGGGCACAGGCACCAUUUUAGCCGUGCUGUGCCGAUAUAAAUGGAGUGUAGUGUAAACACGGCUUUAAUUUAGCAUUUUAUAAAUCACCGGAAAUUUCACCGGACAUUUUUUUGACUCUCAUAAGAUAAGUACAAAACUGCUGCAGUUAAGCCAUUAUUUCAUGCACAGGGAAUAAAUAUCACGGAAUAUGUAAACUACGGUAAAAUGCAGUUUAGUUAGUUUACACUGAAAAUGAGGAAUAUCUGUGAGCGACAGGUUUAUCUAUUAUUGAUCGUUGUUUUCAUUCAUCAAGUUUGCUUAUUUGCAUGAGUUUUGUUUAAGCAAAAAUCAAUUUGCAUGGGGUCAGUAAGGUUUCAAACAGCUAUCGUUGCUGUAGUCAUGCAGUUAAUUUUUCUCUUAUAACAAUUUUAAAUUAUUGGGUGGUAUAUAACUAUAAGAUGAGGUUUAUAUAUACCUACUAUCUAUUAAUACGAAACUUGUAAUCUAUUCUUACCACAAUGAGGUACUUUUAACGCUUUUAUGUAACAAUAUAGUACAUUUAAUAAAUAUAGCUCUC